GAAUGUGCUUAAUGAAGCGUCACUCUCUCUCUCUCUCUCUCUCUCUCUCUCUCUCGCUCUCUCUCUCUCCGUCUUUCUUCCUUCCAGUGAACAAGCAUCACUUGUGAAGAAAAAAAAACGGCGUUGAGACCGAGAACUUUCUUGUCCAGCGGCUCGACUCGAAGUCUCUGUCGCAGGUCCACGAUUCUUCCGUUUUCAUCUUCACUUUCUCUUUCUUGUUUUGAUACCCGGCGCGAGGAUCCACCCGGGGCGAGCCGGCUAACACUGGGCGUAGCUGGGGAGGAUUUUGCUAGCUCAUCGCUGCACUCACUGAAUAAGACCUGUGUCCAGAUCUUUGUCAAUUCAAUUAGAUCUAAGUGAACUGGACAGACCACUUCUCUAGAAGGGGAGAUGAAACCAGAUGGGGUUAUCACAGGAGCACUGGAGCCAAUGGAAACUUUAGAAUCCAAUCCAGUAAAUGAGUUAUCACCAGGUACAGGGCAGGACCCCAGCCAGACACCCAGUGCAAUGGAACAGGAACUAGCACAGCUGACUGACGAUGUGGUGCCACCCCAGCAAGAAAAAGCCAAGGAAUCGCCAGCUGCCAAGACUAGUAACAAAAUCUCUGGAGACUCCAAAGCCAAGACCAUGAACAAGACAAUGCAGAAAACAAAACCCAGUACAACCAACAUGACAAAGACCACACCAGGCCCACGACCCAAUAUGACCCAGAGCCGCCUAUCAAAUGGCUUGUCUAAGCCCCAGAGCAACGGUGUGACUAAGAAGACCACACCUGCCCUGGUUAAAAAGAGCACUCCAACUUCAACAGCCCCCAAGAAACUAACAGUUGGGGUCCCAGCCUCUAGGAACACGCCUAAAGUUAAUGAAAAAAAAGCUGCAUCCCCAGCUAAUAAUGGUGCGAAGCCCCCAGUGGGAACCACGGCAACUAAGAAGGCAACAACGACAACAGUUAAUGGUGUUAAAACCAGCACGGCCACUGCUAUUAAAAAGCCCCCAGCUUCUAAACCUGCCUCUGCAACUUCCACAAAGCCCACCACUGCAUCGAAGACAGAUAAGCUCCCUGUUUCCAAGACCAGACCCACAAGUGGCACAACAGCAUCCCGUCCUACCACAGGCUCAACUCGACCACCUUCCACCAUCACAACCAAGAGCCCUGCAGCUACACCCAAACCUGCCACCCCUAAAAUCUCCACUAUCAACAACGCUGUAUCCAAAUCAGCCUCAUCAACUCCCUCUGGUGUCAAAACCUCAGCAUCACAAAUAUCUAGAAACAUAAUCCCUGCAAAAAAAGAUGUUACCAAAUCUGCCACCCCAGCAACCAAAAAGCCUGCAGACUCUCCACUUAGCCGACCCUCAACAACAAUGAAAUCAGUAAAAUCUGAGACACCUAAACCAGCUUCAAAAUUAGACAAUAUAGCCAAAAAAACAUCUGUAAGUAAAAUUGCAGAGGCAAAGACACCAAACCGUUCCAAAACACAAGAGAAUAAGUCCACACCUUCCAAGGAUGCCUCUAAGACCCCUGUCUCAAAAACAGUGGCAAUCAAGAAUACCAGCGUCAAGAAAACUGUGGGCAGCAGCACCCCGACACCUGUGAAACGUGGACCCAAAGCAGAGGGAGCUGCUGAAACUGGAAAGGAAAUUGCUGCUGCUGUCGCUACUGCUGCAGCAAUUGCUAGUGCAGCAGCUACCAUUGUAGGGCCAGAAGAGCCACAACCACCAGCAGAAGUGGCCCUGGUGGAAUAUCUUGGAGAUACUGCAGAACAAAUUCCUCCUCAGACCCCAUCAGCCUUUGCUGUACAAGGAAUAAUUCCAGAGCCAACUCCAGAACCAUCACCAGAACAAGUACAUGAACUAACACCAGAAAUUCAACAAGAAACAUCACCAGAACCAAGCCAAGAACCGACACCAGAACCUGUACAAGAAACUAUACCAGAACCCAUGAGAAAACCAACGCCAGAGUCCAUACCACAACCAACACCAGAAUACAUUAGAGAACCUACACCAGAAUUUAUACGAGAACCUACACCAGAGCCUCUCAGAGAACCAACACCACAGCCCAUACCACAACCAACACCAGAAUACAUUAGAGAACCUACACCAGAAUUUAUACGAGACCCUACACCAGAGCCUGUCAGAGAACCAACACCAGAGCCCAUACCACAACCAACACCAGAAUACAUUAGAGAACCUACACCAGAAUUUAUACGAGACCCUACACCAGAGGCUGUCAGAGAACCAACACCAGAGCCCAUACCACAACCAACACCAGAAUACAUUAGAGAACCUACACCAGAAUUUAUACAAGACGCUACACCAGAACCUGUCAGAGAACCAACACCAGAGCCUAUACCACAACCAACAGCAGAAUCCAUUCUUGAACCUACACCAGAGCCUGUCAGAGAACCAACACCAGAACCCCAAAAAGAACAACCACUAGAACUUUUCCAAGAAUCAUCACCAGAACCUAUGAGAGAACUUACACCAGACGCAGUUCAAGAACACAGAACACCAGAAUACUUACACCAGAUCUCACCACAGCCCCGAGAGCUCACACCAGAACCAAUACAAGAUUCAAGUCCAGAACCCCUACAAGAGCCCGCAGCACAACCUUUGGGAGAACCAACACCAGAAGCCCUACGAGAUCUCACACCAGAACCUAUACAAGAACCAAACCAUGAAACCCUACUUGAAUCAAACCCUGAGCCACUGCAAGAAUUGACACCAGAGCCCAUGAAUGAACUAACUCUGGAUCAUGCACGCAAAAUAUCUCCAGAGGUCCUUGAUGAAACAUUUUCUCAGUUUACAGAGGAGCCACACCUAGAAGCUGAAUUAAGUCAUGAACCAGCCUACAACUUUCAACACCUGCCACAAAAUGACCUUUUCAAAUUUGAACAGUCUGUAAGUGAAUCAGUUCCCUCCCUUGGAACUACCAUCAUGUCUCCUCCCUGUUCGCCACCAGGACCUGUUUCUCCUGUCACAGAAUCUCAGAAUCCCUCUGCUCAGCUGAACGUGGUUAUCCAACCAGAUCCCUGGAACAUGAGCCAGACGGAACCAGGUGAUAUUGAUCUCCAGGGAUCUCACAGUAUGAUGAAUUUCCCGACAGAGGAGUAUAAUGAACAGGAUGAGGAAUGGGAGACAACGAGAAACGAGGAUGAAACAGAGGAAGAUGAAAAAGACAAUCUGAUAACAUCCACUCCUCCUUCCACAGAGACCUUCAGUAUGAUGGGAGAGUCGCAAUUGUUGGGUGCCUCACCCAUUGAGGAUUUUACUUCCAGGGAUAUGCUGUCGCCUCAUGAAAAGGAAGUAGCAGUGGAAAAGGCAGAUGAAGAAAUAAAUGAAGAUGAUGAUGAGGAUGAAGAAGAUGAGGAACAGAGGAGAUUGGGCCAUCAGCUUUCCUCUAUGAUAACUGAUAUGAGCACAUCUCAGCCGUCUGAGGAGUUCCAAAUUAGACCUUCAGCUUUUGGUGGUUCUACCGCCUGGCCCUGUGAUGACCUGUUGUCAGGAAUGGACUCUGAGGAUGUUAGCAGCUGCACCAGCAGCCGACAGCAGGGCAUGUCUGACCUUAGUAGCACUCAGCACACCGCAAUACUGGAAGGUACUCAGAGUUCAGAUGCCCUUAUUGACUCAAGUCUCCGUGGCUCUGAAGGUGAUGGUAACUUCAUGGGCUCUCCGAAUGUAGAAACCCUGGCCAAUGAGGAAGAUGAUGAAGAGGAUGAACGUGUGGAUGAAAUGGAUUUAAGUUCAGAGAGAGCAGAGGGGCAUCUUAAGGUGUUCCAGCAGCAGGGACGAGAUGAAGACGAAGAGGAUGAAGAUGUAGAAAUGCACAGUGAGGGAGUGACAGAAAGCUGUGAUAAUGCAGAAGAAGAUGACUUUAAUGAGGAGGGACAUUUAGAGAACCUCAAUCGCGCAGAUCCACACCCUUGUGUCCCUCCCACCACCUCCUGGGGUCAGACCAACCCCUUUUCUGAUACCUGGGCUCAGCCUCAGCCAGCCUCGCUGCUCUCUGUCUCCUCCCCGAGCCCUGUCUCAGAUCAUGGCGCAGGAGAGUCUGAAAGUCCCACGCAGUCCCCUGCCCAGACUGGUUUGGAUUGCAAUUCCCCUUUCUUGGCACCUCUGUCAGGGCAAGACUCCGAGCAGCAGCAGUCAUUCUAUGAGAUGGACACCUGCAUCCCUGAAGAUACUCAGAAUAUGCUUGCUCCCACAGCUGUAGGCAUGUCCCAGUCCGGCACUUUGAGUGGUACAGCACUGGCCAUCCACAGCGGCAGCGAGACAAGCACACCAGAAGAACUUUGCGACUACGACAGCAGCUCAGGGGUUGAAUCCCGCUCUGAAAAACAGCAGACUCCGGUUCCUGUGUCAGUCCAGCCUGACAUGGAUCAGGAUCUGGGUAUUCAUUUGGAGAAAGGCGAUGGAGAAGAGGAAGAGGCUACGACACUGCCAGCUGAUGAGGUCCUGGGAACAGGACCCCCAACUGCUCCAGCAUCAGCCCCGUCUUCUCCUACCACCUCUGUAGAUGAGGCCAGUGACACCGAGGGUGAGAUGCAGAUAAAUGAACCUGAUGUACCAGUGAUGAUGGAUGAAAGAGCUGCAUUUGACAGCCCUACUCCGACAUGCAAUUUGCCUGCUCUUGAUGAGGAGGCACGAGAAACACCAGCUGGAGAGGGUGAAGAGGAUGGAGGUGGGACCACUCCUCAGUCAGCCAAUUCUGUGGCAUCCUAUGGCUUUGACUGCACCACAUCCAACUCUAAUGCCCACUCCAUGGCUGAAAGCUGUGGAAAGAGCCCGGGGAUCUUCUCCUUGGAAAAUGAGGAGCAGUUAUCCGAGGAGGCCAAGGACCCGUCACUCAUCAAGGAGCUUACCCUGCCAUCUGAUGCUGCUGCUGCUGCUGCUGCACAGGCCGAGGACCUCCUGGGCCGACCUGUGGACCUGAUGCCGUUGAGUUUUCCAGAAGAUAAACAGCCCAGUCUAGAUGACCACCACUACAUGCUUGGGGGUGAGAUUACAGCACACCACCUCGAGGAGGUGGAUCCAUUUGAGGCUAGUCAUCACCUUGGGCCUGUGGAAUCUGCAAAUACCGAUGAGGGCCAGCCGUCCUACUACUCUACCAUAUGUGAUAAGACUGAUUAUCUGGAAGGAGACACGAAGAGAGGGGAAUUGGAUGAGUGGCUGCAAACACGCUCCCUGGAAGACAACCGGAACCAGAACCAUUCCAGCACAGUUCCCAUAGCGAAUGGUCACUAUCUGGCACUGGUUCCAGGCAACAGGAGGCCCAUUGACCCAGCUGUUGCAGCACAGUUUGCUCAAACUGAGCAGCCUUUAAUCCAGAGCAAAGAUGAGUGUGGUUUGUAUGGGGAACAAUUGCGGAGGCUGGUGCAGCACCAGGAAAAGCUUCAAGAAAUGCAGCACCGCCAAGAGCAGGAGAGGCAGAAGAGGCAGUGGUUGGAGGAGGAGCGGCUACGGCUGGAACAGCAGAAGCAGUUGGAGAAGCAGCGGAGGGAACUUCUCCAGCUUCAGCUGCAACAGCAGCAGCAAGAGCACCGUCAUCGCAGGCAGGCUCUGCAGUGGCAGCUUGAGCUGGAGCAGCAGUACCGCGUGCAGCAGAAACAGAUCCAACAACAGCAGCAGCUGAGGAGGAGCCCGACUGGUGUCAUGCUCUCGCCAUCUUCGGGCUUGUGCACCAUCUACGAAGCCAUGGAAACCAGCGAUGAGGAUGACGACGCCAGAGUAGCGCACAACAGGAACACGCAAGGCAAGAGGAGGAUGCGAGACUUCCAGAGAGAGCUGUGUCCAUUUCCUCCUCAAGAAGCAGAGUGGAACCAAAAGGUGGACAUUGUUCAACAGCUUAUCAACCACACCCUGAUGUUGUCUGAAAAUGGAGGAUGCCCACCCCUGCUCGUCCUACCUGUGGGGACAGGUGGAACCUUGAAUCCCUUAGAUAGCACCAAGUGGCCCAACCUACUGCAACAGUUCAGUCCUGCUACAGCUACUGUCACAUCAGUCAGCAGCUACUCCCCAGACGACCAGGGGGCCUCCCCACCUGGAGACUGGACUGUGGUGGAAGUGGAGACUCGGCACUAGUCAACCAGUACACAAAGAAAUACAUAAGACAAAAACAAUAGUUUGGUCUUUUGCAACAUACUUAUGGGUAAGUUAGGUGGCAGGAUUCAGGACAGUCUUAUCAUAAUACAUUAAAGUAACAGUGUAAAAUAGCAGGACCUUAAAAUAACAGCUUCACUAGAGGUCUAUAUAUUUUGGAUUUUGAAAGACUUCUGUUAGUGUAAAGCUGCUAUAGCACUUACUGUAAUAUUGGCGUGUGGUUACCCAAAACAGAUAUGGAACAAGAUCUGCAGUGUAAGUUGUUCGGCAAAUCCACUUGGACAAACUAAGUGCCACGAAGCCCCAAAUUUAGAUAACAAAAACAAAAAAAAGUUCAACAUUAUUACAAUAGCCGUUAGGGGAAAUACAUCCACUGGUGGAUCCACACACCCCAAAUGCAGUGUUAUAGAGUCAACUCAGUAUAAGAAUUAAACAAUGAAAUACGCAGCCACACAUAGCAUUGUUUAGGAAAUUACUGUUUUCCACUUUAGUGUCGAAAUCGGACCUCUGAUAAAACGCAGUCACGAUGUGACCAACCCUAACUGUUUAUCAUGGACAUGAAGAUAUAAUGUGUUUUGUACUGCAAAUAUUGUACAUAUUUGAACUUCUGUAUGCAUGUUAGGUUCUACCCAUGACUAUCGGGCAACAAUUGCAUCUUUAUUUUACUUUACAGAGUAAAUUUCAUCCAAGGCUAGAGCUGUAGCGGGAGCCAUGUCGUAAGCAAAUUCAGGGCUACAUAUACCAGUUAGCUACGCACACAUACUUCAAAGUAAUGGACAAAAACUAGUCUCGGUAUACAUCUUUAUUCUUUUUAUCAUCAGUGCAACACUGCAUGUAAUCACAACGUUGAUGAUUUUGAUCAAGUCUUUUAAUCAAUCAAAAGACUACAAGAAGUUUCAUUUAGCAUCCAUUCAUUUUAAAGUAUACUGUGUCAUUGAUUUCUCUUAUCCAGACCUGCAUAUCGUGUUGUUAAAAAGUAUGAGAGCAUGCUUCACGGCUAAAAUUUGUUUUAAUGAAUUUAAAAGCACUACAUUUGGUAUACAAUUGUUAUGUUAUGUGGGUACUACACGCUAGAAUAUAUCUAUUCUAGAGCUAUAUUAUUGGAUGUCAGACAGAUAGAUAGAUAGUUUAUUAAUCCCUUGGUAGGGGUCCCUCGGGGAAAUGAAGAAAUUGUGCAGGUGUACUAAUGUUGUGGUUCUGUAUCUGGUUCUUGAGCUAUGUCAAAUUGCACUUCUGUUUUACUUUAAUUAUCAUGUGAGUUUAAGUGUCUCUACAGGUAGGUGUCAGUUUUGUUUCUUGAUGUACAUGUUAAUGGAAUUGUGGACCACCAAACCUUCAUAGUGGAGGGGGGGGAAAACGAGUGCAAUGGAACAGACCAUUGUGUUCAUCAAAUAGGAUUAUUUCCAGUCUGAAAAGGCUUUGGGUACAUUCACCAGCAUCCAGUCACUACAUAUUGCUGUGACUCCAUCGGACAACCAGGAUUUCAUGGACCCAAUAGAGGCAUCAGUCAUGGAGGACUGGAGGAAGGGGUGUGAGAGAGAAGAAGGCCCUCCUUGUCCUGUUAUGGGAGGAGGGUACUGAAUGGACUGCUGAGGGGUUUUCGAGGGUGCUGGUAGACAGGGUGGGGGUGUUAGGGGUGCAGUUGUUGUCAUCCCUCUCACAUUCCAAAGCUGUCGGCUCAUUUCCCGGGUCGGCCAGCAUUCAGGGAGUCGCCAAGGUUCCCGAUGAUGUCAUGGUGAGGGAAGAAGGGUAUUUGGGAUGAGACAAUUUACCAUUUUGGGGAGGCACUUGGUGGGGAAUUUUUAUUCAUAUAAGGUUAUUAUGCUAAGAGGUUUUUAUACUGUAUAUGCUGUGUAUACAUUGCACUUUUAUAGACUAUUUUGUGAUUGGUAAUGGCGGAAUCAGAAUUUUUGUGAUAAAUUGUGUCAUAUCACUAUAUCCUAAUUUAUUAAUACACGUGGGGCAUGUUAAAAUGCCAACUUUUUAAAAAAAGAGCCCAACAUUAAUCAUUACAAAUCUCCCCCCCCCCCCCCACCCCCAAUUAAUGUGAUAUAUAACCUGUUUAGCUCAAUUAAAUAAUAAUAUAUAUAUAUAUAUUUUUUGUUUUUGUUUUUUGAAAGGGGAAAUAAAAAUAAAUAACUGAGAUACUGUGGUUGCACAAGUGUGCAUACCCUCUUAUAACUGGGGGUGAAUGAACCAAUAACCUUUAAAACUCAUGUUAAAUGGGAGUCAGGACAUAGCUGCCAGCUUUUAAAGUCCUCUGAUUAACCCAAAUAAAUUUCAGUUGUUCUGUUCUCUCCUUUAUUUAUUGCUUUUCUAGCAGAAGCCUUUAGGUUUUGUGCUAACACUGACAGCUAUGUCGAACUGUUGAAAGUUCCCUGUUCAAAAAGGCCCUAGUUGCAGCGGAAGACAAAUAUUCUGAAAGCAUGAUGCUGCCACCACCAUCCUUCGCUGUAGGUAUGAUGUUCUUUUGGUGGUGAGCAGUAAAUCACAUUAAUGGUAAAGUUUUUUGUUUUUGUUUUUUUUAUCUUGGUCUCAUUUUUUAAAAUCACAAAAACAUGCCAUUUGGACAGGGGUGUGUAGACAUUUUAUAUCCACUGGAUGUUAUCAAACGCAUUUAAAAGUCCUUAAAAGCACCACUGUGACUCAACAUGUUGCAAAAUAAGCUUAACCUAAAUACGGAUGAUAAAACUAACAACAGUGCCACCUCAAGGCUGAACAAGACAAUACCAUUUGUUAAAUUUGGAAAACACUACAAUGUACCACUAAUUACUGUACUUCAAUAGUGUACUUAAUGCAGUAAACAUGUAAUGCACUUAUAUUUUCAAUACUUCAUAUGAAGUAUUGCUAAUUAAGGUGUUUAUAAAUCCGACGUGACUUUUGAAAGCAGCAUGUACAGAAUAUAGGUUAUAGUUUUCUAAAUUAUGUAACCAUUUAUAAAGCAAAUACUAUACAGAUAUAGAUUAUAGAUAUGUAUUUGUAUGAGACAAGACAAUUUUAUAUGCAAGGAGUUUCUAUAUCUGCAUAUAUGUGUUCAUUUGAAAGCAGCAUGGGCACGAUAAAGGCUAUACUGUAUUUUGUUUUUAAAUCAAUUUCUACGUGGGUAACACAAAGUAUGUUGUAUAACAUAAGAUUUGUAAGACAAAUAUUAGUAGGUGCUGCUGAUAGCUGCUAGAUACGCAGAUUUAAUUCAACAAACAUUUUUAACAAGAAUAUGGCAGCUCCAAUGAGCAAUUAAGCACAACCAGCACUAACAAUGCAUGUUUAGAGACCGAUAUCAUUCAGAUAACAUAGUCUACAGUGCCUCAAUUUCCCUUGUGUUUCUUGAUAUGUAUUGUGUUUGGAUGUAAUGUUGAUGUAUUUACGUGAAAUGUGAGUGUUUACGUUGAAGAUUGUAUUGUUAUCAUGUGAAAGUUUGACAUUAUCAUCUUUUGUACUGCACAGAUUUUGGCGUUGCAUUUGCCAAAUCACUUUCUUUGCAAAACUGAGAAAACCCUUGUUUGAAUACUUAAUAAAGUGUGAAGAUUGUUGUCAACA